GGUGAAUGGAUUGAUGUGCGCGGAGCUGUAUUUACCCAGCCGCAUCCGAUCGUUCGAUCAGGCAGGCGGAUGGCACGGCCGGAGGAUGCCCCUCUGCUCUUCCUCGUCGUAUCCGCCGUUGUGGCUCGGCGCGCGAUAGCUUUUCAUUUCGUUACGUGUCUGUCCCGCAGUUGGUUAGUGGAACGUUUGCCCGUCCAUCUCACUCUCUGUAUAAACGAAAGGACGACGAAUGUACGCGGAGAGUGAAUCGCGAGCACGGCUCGAUUACGUCGAAGAGCGCAUGCAGUCCCUGGGGAGAUAUAUCGAUCUUUAACCCGCCGACGAUGCACACUUCAGCUAACAAUAAGUGUGACAAUUGCUACUAGAGAGUUCAAUGACGGAUCAGCGGUUUGCGUAAGAACAUGUAAAUCAGCGACACGAGAGAGAAGCAGAAGAUGUCGUUCCGCAGUUUAUAGAACAAUAUCUGGGAAUCCUUGAAGAGGAACUCUUCAAACUCUCGCAACUGAUUUCAUCUCUUCGCAUUUGAUACAAACGCAAAGAUACAGAAUGACGGCGACAACUCUAUGUUUCAUGGUUUUCAUCUGCAGUCUUGCAUGCAACACAGGUUGGUCUCAGAAUUGUCAGGAUCAAGAUACGGGAUGGGAGAAAAUCAUCGGAGCUAAGCCUGCAAACUCUGUAGAAACUGUGUUAUACAAAAACAGUGCCAUAGGUAAUAACGGUAUUGUCGUGCCUUGUUUCGACAGGUGUAAAAGCUUGAAUUGCACAGCAUUUGUGAUCGACUUUGUGAGUAACAUUUGUUACAGUGUGCAAGUAAAAGGCGAGGAACUCAUUCCCGAAACUAACACCACGUUUUUCCAUAAAAUCUGUGUUAAAGUUUCACCAAAUUGCAAGCGACAAAGACUGUGGCAAGUAGAGAGAACCUUGGGAGCUAUUUUAAAAGAUGGAUACUCCAACUUAUAUUUUCAAGCAUUGUUACGGAGAAGCGAGUGUUACGAGAAAUGUCUGAAAGCAGAAAAUGAAUGCGAAUCUACGCAAUUUCGUACGAGCGAGCCUUUGUCAAUUGACGAUACCCUCGGCACGUGUUCGUUGUCAAAGUUCGAGAGAGGUACUAGACCGCAAGCCUACAGAUCGUCGAUGUAUCGAGAUGAGUAUCUGCAAGAUCAAUGCCAUAAUAUAUCGAAGAAAAACUAUUGCUCUUAUGCGGAGUAUCGGAACGUAACACUGCCAUACUCGGAUAUAGCAUUACCGGGACUCGACUUGAAACAGUGCGAGGAGAAAUGUGAUCGCAGUCAGCAUGGUUUCAUAUGCAGAGCCUACACCCUCGAUUAUUCGGAAGAGAAACCAUUCUGCUUGCUGCAUUCUGACGAUACAAUCAGUCUUGGAGUCAGUUCAUUGGUUACCAGACCCAACGUCAUUUAUAAAGAACAAGAAGCUUGUCUAGAUUUGAAAGUACAAUGCGGCGAAUCAACCAUGACAGUUGUAUUAACCACUGCGGAGCCUUUUGACGGACGGAUGUAUGUGAGUGGAUUUGGAGAUACUUGCGGUGUUAAUGGUGUUGGGAAUAAUGUGACAAUAUUAAGAAUACCGCUUCCGAAGAGAGAGAUCAUCGGUAGAUCUAACAUUGAGUGUGGUCUUACGCCCGCGUUUUCCAUCAACAACGAAAAUCGAACGCAUACAUUAGUUUGGGCCACCAUUGUCAUACAAUAUAAUCCAAUCAUCCAACGAUUGGGAGAUCAGUCGGUGAAAAUUGGAUGCUCCUUAGAUGGCCGCGAUAUCCCGGAACCGCGAAACGUGUCCGUUAAUUCGAGCUUUUCUUUCUUGGAUCCAAACGCAGGCGUACCGCCGGUUGGAUCAAUCGUAAUAAACGCAUCAUCCGAAGCACCAGUGGUGACGAUGAGGAUCCUUAACGAAGAACAUAUGGAUGCAGUCGUUACCCAAUUAGGACAAAAGUUAACGCUCAGAAUUGAAAUCCGACCUGUUGACGGACCUUACGAUAUCAUAGCUGGACAUCUUGUAGCUAGUAGCGCAUCCGGAGAUUCUUCGUACCUUCUUCUAGAUGAAUCUGGAUGUCCGACGGAUUCGACAACUUUUCCCGCGCUAUUAAAGGAUCCAAUGGACAAUCGUUCUCUGAUCUCAACAUUUACUGCCUUCAAAUUUCCGGAUAGUCAAAUUGUGCGAUUCAACGUCAUCGUUAAAUUUUGCCUCGAAGAAUGUGAGCCAGCUACAUGCAGAGGAGGCCAGAUUUCAUAUGGCAGGAAACGACGAUCGAUCGAGCAGCCGCUCAUCGCCGAGGUAACAGAAAUUUUCAGAAACCUCACCCCCGCGGAAUUACCGUUGCAACUUUCUAUCGUCGUUCAAAGUCCGGUGAUAACAGCGGACCAUUUACUGUCCAGGGAAAAUCCGGUUCCUGAUACAGUUCUGAUUACCGGUGGAAGAUCUAUAGAUGGCCUUAUUUGCGUGGACGCGAGUCUGGCUCUGGGUCUUCUGAUCUUUUGGUUAAUAAUUCAGAUUAUACUCACCGCCGGUUGCCUUUUAGCAGUUCGUCGCUAUAGAAAGAUGGCUGUUGAGGCCGAAGAAGACAGAGCUGAUAUAUUAGCGAGGCAUCUUUACGGGAUUCACGGAGGAAACUUUGAAAUCGCACGAAGAGUUAGAUGGGCCGAUCGAAACGAUUCCUCGAUUGGAUGAUUAGUUUUUUCAAUUUUUCAAGCAAAGAGAAUUCAGGUAUUAAGUUGGUGGCCAAAUUUUUUAAGUAAAAUUAGAAACAAAAUUUUCAGUUUUAAUUUCUAAGUUUUAAAGAAACGAUAUGUUCAGUUGAAAAUGCGAAGUCACCGAAAAAAAACCGGAAGCGCUAAAAGUUAGUGAAAAUAUCAAUCUUUUGAUAUAAUGCGAUAAUAAUUUAAAAAAGAUUGAAAUUCACAUAAUAACUUUAGCAUCAUUAAUCUUAGUCAUUUAGAAGGUCAUUUACAAAUCAAAAUGAAAAUAAAGUGUCUAUCACUAGUUAUUAUUUUUGCUU